AUGGCGAUUUCGGCGCGAUUCAAGCGGCUCCUUUUCGCCGGCUUUGCCUUCGUUGUCGGUAUUGUUUUGUUAAGAGAGGUGUUUUCGACGGGAGAUUCGACGAAUACCACAGUCUCCCACUACCUCAACAGUCAAUUUGGACCCGCAACUUCGGUAGCCAAAGACCUCGACAACAAGGAAGGUCAACCCUUGGAGCAUGAAGUGUCCCAACGCCCCGUCCCUGACAUGGAAGACGACGAUUAUCCCGAAGACCCAGAUUCUUUCGCGCCAACGGCGCCAGCUCCUACGUCGCGACCAAUGACCAAAGCGAUCAUCGCCUCGACUCAAUCCAAGAACAACAGGUCGGCCGAUUGGGUGAUGGAUCUGUUACCAGACUGGACGCCCGCCAUAUAUGUGACAGACAAACUCGAGGAUGAACUUGACCAGAACGGGAUCCGCAAGUUCGGGCUUCUCCACGAUUCUGGUCGAGAAGCAUCCGUGUACCUGACAUACAUCAUAAACAACUACUACAACUUACCCGAUAUAAUGGUUUUCAUACAUGGUGGUCGAUAUCAGACACACAACGAUGACCCGAUGUACGAUACCUAUCCAGAAAUCGCCAAUCUGAACCUGGAUCACGUCGUGGAAGAAGGAUACGCGACUUUACGGUGCAACUGGAAGAUCUGCCCGGAAACGACUGUUGAGCCACUCCUUGGCCAUCAAGAUAGUACGUGGGAGAGUCACGGCCUGUGGGCGCAAGCAUUUUCGGAGUUCUUCCCCAAUCAAACUAUUCCGUCAAAGGUGUCCAGUCCAUGUUGUGCCCAAUUCGCCGUCACGAGAGAGGCCGUCCAUCAGUGGCCUGUUACGAAGUACGAACAGAUACGAGAAUUUAUGUGGGCGAGGGGUGGGUGGGAGAUGGUGACGAAGAUGGGAAUCGUUUUGGAAUACAUGUGGCACGUCAUCUUCGGAAAGCCGGCCUACUGGUGUGCACCGGCAAAAGAAUGCUAUUGCAGGAAAUGGGGCUUUUGCGAUUUGGAAUGCCCAACAGAAGGCUGGUGUAGGGGGAGGAUCUGGUCCAAAAACGUACCUGGGAUUUUCCCCAAGGUGGCGACGUUCCCGGAGGGAUGGCCCGAGAAGGGACAAGAUGGCAUCGACUGGCCCUAUGAAGGCUGGGAGAAAGACCCAGAGGUGGCCAAAUUUCAUUGA